CCCCAACUCAUCAACCAAAACAUUGAGUUCUAAACCUUAUUGAAGCAAGAAACAUAACCUUUUCUUCCAAACAAACACCAAAAGCCUUAAAUCUUCCUCUCCAUUUUACUACUUGAAACCUUUUCGCAACCAAACCCAAUUCAGCCUAAACACCAUGGCUCCUGCGAUCACCACCCCCACCGCCGCUAUCGCUGCCACCAAACCACCAAGCGGGCCCAAUAGGGCCUACGUCACCUUCUUGGCUGGUGCGGGAGACUACUGGAAAGGAGUUGUUGGCUUAGCCAAGGGGCUAAGAAAAGUGAAGAGCAAGUACCCGCUUGUUGUGGCCAUGCUGCCCGACGUCCCUGAAGAGCACCGCCGGAUUCUGAUCUCUCAGGGCUGUGUGCUCAGAGAGAUCGAGCCUGUGCACCCUCCUCCCAACCAGACCCAGUUCGCCAUGGCAUACUACGUCAUCAACUACUCCAAGCUUCGCAUUUGGGAGUUUGUGGAGUACAGCAAGAUGAUCUAUUUGGACGGAGAUAUUCAAGUUUUUGAGAACAUCGAUCACCUCUUUGACUACCCGGACAACUACUUCUAUGCUGUGAAGGACUGCUUCUGUGAGCCAACUUGGAGCAGUAGCCCACAGUAUAAGAUAGGGUACUGCCAGCAGUGCCCUAAUAAGGUCCAAUGGGACCCUAAGUUGGGCCCCAGGCCUCCCCUCUAUUUCAAUGCUGGCAUGUUUGUGUAUGAGCCAAGCUUGCCGGUCUACCAUGACCUCCUCAAAACCCUCCAGAUUUCUCCCACCACAUCUUUUGCCGAGCAGGACUUCUUGAACGUGUAUUUCAGGGACAAAUACAAGCCCAUCCCUUCAAAUUACAACCUUGUGUUGGCCAUGUUAUGGCGUCACCCUGAGAACAUUCAACUUGACCAAGUCAAAGUUGUUCACUAUUGUGCCAACGGUUCUAAGCCAUGGAGAUACACUGGGAAGGAGGAGAACAUGGAGAGGGAAGACAUUAAGAUGCUGGUGAAGAAAUGGUGGGAUAUUUACGACGAUGAGUCAUUGGACUACAAGAAUACCGUGGUUUCAACUGAGGCUGAUGUGCAGCCAUUCAAGGAGGCGGCCCUAUCGGAGGCUGGCGUGCCCGACUUCGCUACCGCCCCAUCUGCCGCUUAAUUGAUGCCUGCGGUUGCCCUGAUGAGAAAUUCAAGUUUAUACAACUAUACAGGGCUUUGUUUUUUGUUUAAUAAUAGUAUUGGGGUUGUUUUUGUUGCCUCCCCUUAUGUUGAUUAGUUUUCCCUCCAAAUGUUAAGUUGGUGAACAAAGUGUUAGAAAUAUAUUAAUUAUUGAAUUUAUAUAUCUUAUUCUGUCA